AUGGACGAACGUCCACUCCCUCGCGAGCUGCUCGAUUCCAUCGCUUCGAUCCAAACCAGUACUUCCGGUAACUACUCGGGAGUUAUCGCACUUCGACGACUUGCGCCACGACUCAAGUUCGUGGACGAUUUCUCCGCCGUCCUGGCGCUGUGCUUUGGUGCCGACGCGACACUUACCGCAACAGUAUGGGGCAGCAUCAGGAUCAUCUUGGGACAGGCAGCCUCGACGGCAGAUACCUUGCAGGAUAUCCUCGACAUGCUAGAGGAUCUGAGUUUGACGCUCCCUCGCUUCCAGAUCUAUGAGCGCACACUGCCUCUCAAUCGUCAACUCCAGCAUGCAAUAGUCGACGUGUAUGGCGAGAUCAUUUGCUUCUACGCCCGGACUAUCUACUUCCUCCGCAGCAAUCCGCACCUGGUGUUGAGGAAAAAUGCGUGGCAAACCUUUCAGAAAGACUUCGCUCGGACCAUCCUGCGAAUCAAGCGCAUGUCCUCCGUCGUAGAGAGCGAGGCCGAUAUGGCCCGUAUGCGUCAGGACGAGUCUCGCUACAAAGAGGUCCUGGAAUUCUUGAAUGCAAUGAAGAUAGAUGAAAAGGACAACCCCAAGUCUUUGCGCUUCAACAACAUACCCUUCCCAAAGAACCCUAAGUUCAGUGGCCGAAAGGACAUGUUGGCACAAAUCCAGACCACCCUGAACCCAGCAUCUUCCUCCUCGUCCAUGCAAUCCAUGGCCCUGUUCGGGAUGGGAGGUGUGGGCAAAACCCAGACUGCACUUCAAUUUGCCUAUCAAAGCCUGGACGAUUUUGAGGUUGUAUUAUGGGUCGCCGCCGACAAUGCCAUCUCCAUUGGCCAGAGUUUUGGCACAAUUGCAAGUGAACUGGGCUUGCUUGGCGGCGAUGAUGAGAAGAAGGAUCCAGUAGUGGCCAUUUGGAAAACGAAAAAUUGGCUCAAUUCAACCCAACUUCCAUGUCUGCUGAUUUUUGACAACGCGGACGAUCUAGGCGCCUUGAAAAAGGCAUGGCCUGCGUCCAUCAACGGCGCGAUUCUUUUGACCACAAGGGAUUUUGAAGUCGCUACGACGCUUGCAGCAAAGUAUCUGCAAGUAGAACCACUGAACAUUGAGGAAGGAAGCAACAUGCUGCUCAAGGCUGUGGGGUUGGAGGAUACGCCCUCGUCUGAUACGCAACAUGCUGUCACUAUUACCAAGACAUUCGGCGGGCUCCCACUGGCAUUGAGCCAGAUCGGCGGGUUUAUCAACCAAAGAAAACUGUCCCUACAGGACUUCCUCCCGCUCUACGAGAAAUAUUCGACCAGAAUCGAUGCUCGAAAGGCAUCUCACGAUGACUACGAAUAUACAUUGAGCACGGUUUGGAACGUCUCCUUUGAAAAGCUUAGCGAAGAGGCUGCACAUCUUCUAAGCCUACUAUCUUUCUUUGAUCCGGACAGCAUAUCUGAAGAGAUUAUGCUGCAUGGGUCUCAAGGCCUGGAUGGUGAGUUUUCUUAUCUAUCCGAUGAAUUCAGUCUGGGGGAUUCUGCAGAGGAGCUAUUACGGGCAGCUCUCGUCACAAGGGCGCGGGGAAGUUCCACACUGUCUAUCCACCGACUGGUACAAUCAGCUGCUCGCAAAAGACUGGACAAGUCUACCAAGGUCAAGUAUUUCGACGCUGUGGCGCAUAUGUUGGGUUGGGGAUUUCCAGAUCAUGCAAGUGUGGAUAUUGGCCACCAGAUGUCAACCUGGUCCCGGUGUGAAAAGUGUGUCCCUCACGUCAACUACCUAGUCGACCUUGCAAAGACAUCGGAUAUCACGCCAUCUAAUCGGCAGAAGUAUGCAGAGCUCCUAUUGAGGUGCAGCUGGUAUUUGUAUGAGGGCGAGCUCUAUUCUAUCUCCCGGAGCAUGAUCCAGCAAGCAAUAGAGACGUUCGAUGACACCUCGACCCUUGCAUAUGCAAGUGCCAUUGAUCUCGGAGGUCUCAUCGACUUGGAUAUGGCUCGACCAAGUCAAGCUUUGGCACCUUUCAAACGUGCACUGGACAUCCGACUUGCGAGGCUUGGGGCUGAAGACCCUUUCAUCGCGUAUAGCCUGAACAACAUUGCCCUAGCAUACACCGAGAUGGGGGAACUUGACCUCGCUUACAAAGCGCAUGAAGAUGCUAUCAGUCUCAGGCUCAAGGCCAAGAGCGACAGGAUCGGAAACUCCUACAGCAACAUGUCUAGCCUGCUUCUUCGGAUGAACCGUCCAGACGAAGCCGAAGAAAUACUUGCAAGAUGUCCAGAGCUCAAAGACUUCAGCGACGAGACAUUCCUCAGCCUGGGAAAUCCACGCUGGUCGGGCGACAUGGUCCUUUUAUCUCGCAUCCGAAUGGCACAAGGGCGGGUAACUGAGGCUAUCAGACUCUCAUCCAAAGCGUUAGCAUUUCGGCAAAGUCUUUUAGGGGAACGCCUGAAGACGUGCGAUUCACGCUACGAUCUUGCCUGCAUGCUACUCAAGGAUGGCCAUGAAAGUUUAGCAGCUCGGCUCCUGGAAGAAAUCGUCAGUAUUUCCGAAACCUUUGUGGAGGGUGAGGGACAGAGGGCACGUGCUUUGUACAAGCUCUCGAUAAUUUACAACGGCAAAGACCAGCAAGUCUUGAGUGAAGCCUACAGGGAAAAGGCAUUACAGUCACGAGCCGCCGCCAAUGCUGAGUUGAAGGAUGCUCCUUUUGAAGAGGCAGAAUUCGCUAAGCUUUGUCUCUGGAUGCUUUGGUAG